AUGUAUCACCUGGCAAAGAGCCUCUACUUGCUGGCAACGAGCAAAGAAGAGUACUCGGUGAUUCUCCUCGGCCUGGACAACGCCGGCAAGACGACCUUCCACGAGCAGGUCAAAUCGCUUUUCCUCCCCGACAACCCAGAGCCGAAGCUGAAGACCGUACCGACCGUCGGCCAGAAUGUCUCGACCAUCACGCUUCCUGACAUGUAUAUGAAGAUCUGGGAUGUCGGGGGACAGCUCAGCCUGCGCAAGCUCUGGCAGAGCUACUAUACAAGCUGCCACGCCAUAGUCUUCAUCAUAGACAGCACAGACAUUGGGGACGGCACUCUGGAGAACGAUGAACAUUCUGGGGGUCGUCUCGAAGAAUGCCGCCUUGUCCUCGAGGACGUGUUGCAGAGCUCCGAUACGGAGGGCGUUCCGGUGCUCAUACUGGCCAACAAACAAGAUCGAGAGGACUGCGUCGAAGUUGUCAGGAUCAAGGAAGGGCUGGUGAAGAAGGUGUUCGAAGGAGAAAAGUCGCACAGCAUUCGAGACUCAAGGGUGCUACCAGUAUCUGCGCUCACCGGCACAGGCGUCAAGGAGGCCGUCGAGUGGCUCAGGUCUCGAGUCAAGUGGAACAAAGAAUCAAGACCGCCGGUGAUGAGGUGA